AUGCGUUUCGGAAAGACCCUCCGCGAGUCGAUAUACCCGCCGUGGAAGGACAAGUAUGUCGACUACGGCAAGCUGAAGAGCAUCCUGCGGGAGGACCAAAAGGACGACGACGCCCCCUGGACCGAGGAGGACGAGAGCCGCUUCUGCGACGAAAUCUUCAAUGUCCAGCUCGAAAAGGUGGCCCGGUUCCAGCAGGAGCGCUUCGAUGCCCUUAAGCAGAGGGUCGAUGCUGCUUUUGAGAAGCUCAAGGAGUACGCGCCGCCCGCGGACAGCUCCAGCAAGCCGGGUCUCAGCCGCGAAGAGCUGGCUGCGAAGCUCAGGGAGCUUGAGGGAGAGCUCGAUGACAUUACCAAUGAGGUCAAGGCCUUGAAGAAGUAUAGCAGCAUCAACUACACGAGCUUCCUCAAGAUUGUCAAGAAGCAUGACCGCAAGAGAGGAGACCGCUACAAGGUGCGGCCGAUGAUGCAGCUUAGCCUGGCUCAGCGGCCGUUCAACUCGGAGCAGGGAUACGCGCCUCUGUUGAACAAGCUGUCCGUCAUGUACUUUGCUAUUCGGCAGCAGUUGGAGGAGGGUGAUCAGGUGCCGCUUGCCUUGGAUGCCUCGGCUGAGACGCACAAUGGCGAGCGAUAUACAGCUCACAAGUUCUGGGUGCACCCCGACAACUUGCUCGAGGUCAAGACGCUCAUCCUUCGCCGACUCCCCGCUCUCGUCUACAGCGAACAGUCUGCCAAGGAGCUGGACGGAUCCGACUCGCCUUCCAUCACCUCGCUCUACUUUGACAAUGAAAAAUUUGAGGUGUACUCCGAGAAGGUGGAGCAGAAGUCACAGGUCACUUCCCUGCGUCUGCGAUGGUACGGCCAGCUGAGCAGCAGGCCCGAGAUCUUCGUGGAGCAGAAGUCGGCCGAUGCAAGCGGCAACAGCGAGGAACACAAGUUCACCAUCAAGGACAAGUACGUCAAGCAGUUCCUCAAUGGAGAGUACACGGCGGAAAAGGCGAUACAGAAGAUGGAGAGGAUGGGCGAGUCUCCGGAGCAGAUCGAGGCCUACAGGGCGACCGUUGCCAGGGUCCAGGAGUUCCAGCAGAGGAAAAAGUUGAUGCCGGUGCUGAGAGCCAACUACGUCCGCACUGCCUUCCAGAAGCCCGCCGACGACCGCGUCCGCAUCUCCAUCGACACUGAUCUCGCUUUCAUCCGUGAGGACACGCUGGACAAGAGCCGCCCCUGCCGAGAUCCCAACGAAUGGCACCGAACGGAUAUUGAUAACAGCAACAUGAAGUAUCCGUUCCAGAACAUCAACCAGAGCGAAGUGUCCAAGUUCCCCUAUGCCAUACUGGAGAUCAAGCUGAAGGAGGACGGCAACCGCAAGCGGCCAUCCUGGAUAGAGGACUUGAUGGGUUCCCACCUGGUGCACCCUACUCCUCGCUUUUCAAAGUUUGUCCACGGCGUUGCCUCGCUGUUCGACGACUACGUGAACAACCUGCCGUUUUGGCUUGGUGACUUGGAAACCGACAUCCGCAAGGACCCUCAGAAGGCAUUUGAGGAAGAAGAGCAGCGCCGGGCCCAGCGCGCCGACGACGCCAUGGCCGUUGGAAGCCUCAUUGGCACCGUGCCUAGCUCCUACAAGGUGGCUCAGAGCUCGCCCGUUGGCAAGUCAUAUCUCGCCGAUCGCAUGGCGGCUGAUGCCAAGGCGCAUCUGUCCCGCUCUCUGCGGCAAAAGACGUCGCAGCCUCCUCAGGGGCAGGAAGAGGAGGGCGAGAGCAGCUCCAGUCAGUCUCGAUCAGGAGGAUACGGCACCUUGUCAUCGGUCCUCCCAGGCCUGUCACUCUCCAAGUACGCCAUUGCGAAACGAGCUCGUGCUCAUGCUCCUCUCCCCGAGGGCGUGGUGGAGCCUUCGCAAUGGAUCAAAAACACGGGAGAACUCAAAGUCGAGCCCAAGGUGUGGCUGGCCAACGAGCGAACGUUUCUCAAGUGGCAGCACAUUGCCAUCCUGCAGGGCACUCUGGCCCUGGCGCUGUACUCGGCUGCCGGAGACAACACGAUUGCGCAGUGGAUCGGCAUUGCGUACAUUGGCAUUGCGGGCUUUGCGAGCGUCUGGGGCUACGGCGUGCUGCGGACUCGCCGGACCAUGAUCAUGGAAAGGAGCGGCAAGGACUUUGAUAACAUGGUUGGACCGGUGAUUAUCAGCGUGGCCAUGAUGAUUGCGCUGAUUGUCAAUUUCAGUCUCCAGGUAAGACGACGCUUGUUUGUCAUGGGCGUGUCGAGUGAAGGCUAA